AUGCCUUUCGUCGCCGGAAUCUCCCUUCCCAGCCUUUCCUCGGACUCGCUCAUUUCUACCCAACUCCUUUCACAUGACGACCCGGCCUACUCACGCACCUUUGAGACGAAGAUCGGCGACGACCUUCAAAGCGCUUUCGCAGAGCUCGCAGCUGCUCUGCCCGAAAAACCCGUCGAGUUAACCCUAUCUCUCCCUUCCAAUCUCAGAGAAGACGAGAAGAACUGGGCCAUUUCCAAGGCUAAAGCCGCUGGGCUCAAAGUGUCUCGGACGUUCGACAACAUCCACACAGCACAGAGUGGCCUCGUGAGGGAGGCCCAUGCGCCAAGGAACGAAUUGAUUCUAGAGCUCGGCCUAUCGUUCGCUACUGCGCGCCUAGUAUCGACUGAGGUCGAAGAUGAUGUCCGGAUGUCGGACACGGCAAAGGAAAUCCACCUUCAAGCAGCUGCCGAAGACCAUAUCUCCCAACUUGUCGACCCCAUCCUCGCCCAUCUCAAAGAAAUCCCCACCGACUCAGGCUCAGAACUCUCCCGCAUCGUUGUCAUCGGCGCCUCCCUUCCCCAACUCACAUCAAAAUACCCCUCGGUUGAGGUCAUUCACGUCGACACUCCUCUCGCGCGCUCGGCGGCUGAGCGGUCGCUCUACUACUACCGUGACUCGAUUGCCGACAAGCUCAUCUUCAACGUCGCGCCCCUCCGUGUCGGCAUCGCCAAGGCAGACGGCUUCGUCCUCACGCUCAUUCCUCGCUCCAACACUCUCCCUCAACACAAGUCCGUCCUCCUCACGACCUCGAAAGAUGAUCAGACGAAGGUCGUCGUGAAGGUCGUCGUUGGCAUCUCACCACGCGUCGCGGAUAACACGACAAUCGCCGAGCUCGUCCUUGACGGUCUUGUGUCCCGACCAAAGGGCGUUGCACGCGUCAAGGUCGUCAUUGACGUGGAGCAGGAGGGCAAGACGCGGAUCGUCGCCGAGGAGCUUGACGGUACUGCGUCGACUACGGCUGAGUUGAAGGAUAUUAUUGGUAACACUCUCACUUGGGAAGGUGUCGAGAGUAUCCUUACUGGACUUCCGAAGCUGGGGAGGGAUGACGAGGCUCAGCAGGCUGAGGAUGAGUGGGUAGGAGAAGAGGCUCAAGGUGCUUUACCUGAGUAA